AUGAUGCUUUCCUUUGCCGCCGCCGUUCUGGGUUUGCUGCCAGCUGUUCUUGGAGGAGGAGGGAGUCUGUAUUGCUUCUCCUGUGUCACGCCCAACACAUACGAAGUUGGGAUGGUGGCCGCCAUGGCGAAGCUGCACGUGGGCAUGUUUGAGUGCGAUGACUUCGACGUCAUCAGCAACACCACGGCCGACGAGCUGUUCAAGGACUUUCCUGAUGUUGCAGCGAUGCUCAAGGACAAGGUGCACGUGGUACACCAUCACCUCUAUGCGAAGAUGGUAAAAGGACCAAUAGGGCAUGACACUUCCUCACCGGCAACGGACCCGAAUUCCCCUCUCUACCAGGGGGAAAAUGCGAUCAUGCUCCACCUUGCCAAUGCCCCCAUCUUCAAGCACGUGUGGGAAACGAUCUUCCGCAUCGGAAGUUUCGAGAAGUACGACUACACGGCAAAGCUGGACGUUGAUGCAGUGAUCCUCCCGAAGCGGCUGUCGGGAAUUUUGGCUUCCCGACCGACUCGCCCGGAGUACUUCCUGAACUCGCUCCACGACAUGUACGGCAACUUCCUCCACGGGCCUGUAGAGCUGAUCUCCUUGCAGGGAAUGUAUGCGUUCCGGGACGCGAAGGAGCAGUGCUUCAAGAAGAUCGACAUUAAUAUGUACGGUGAGGAUUUCUGGGUCAACAAGUGCUGGGCUUUGCUGGGAAUCCAUGCGGUGAAAACCAACGACAUUCCGCUGCUCUACGACGAGUAUGAGUGGGGCAAGUCAGCCCAGCAUCACUGCUGGGAACUGAAUCCAGAUCCAGCUGUCUUCAGCGAGAACCAGUACUUCGGAGUGUACCACCCCCGCAAGAACAUGGAGGACUGGCUGGCGUGCCGAGAACAAACGGGAGUCCCCAAGUUCAUCUCAGAGGACGACAAGAAAGUGGCGCUCAAAAUAGCUGGUCCUGGCAAGGUUGACAAGAUCCUCGGCAAGAAGUACGAGUUGUCAUCCAGAGCGUACUACUCGACUGCUGCGGUGGGGGCAUUUGUCGCCAUGGGGAUUGCAGGUGUUGCCACGGUGGCAUUUGGCUCCUUUGUCCUGCGGAAGUGGAGGGGACCGACGGCCCUUGGACCUUACGAGGAGAUCGACUCCAACAGGGUCUUGCGGAUGCAGGACAUGCCACCAUUGUUAAACCCUGGUGACCUGGAAAGCAAGUGA